AUGAAAACAGGAGAAUCUACAUCAGAGGACAUUGUAUUAAGCAAAGUCUUUGCCGAAGCGAUGGGCCCUUCAAAAGUGAUACCAUAUUAUUUUAAAGCAACUGAAAAAUUUGAUAAUGAGGAAAUUACUAUGGCAACCUUAGUGACCUACAAUCGUUUCAAGGUACUCAGUCGACUUGCAUCACAUUACAAAGGCCCUAUUUCUGUUGCCAUUCACGUCAACGAUGACCAUACAAAAGAAAAAAUUAUUGAAGACCUUCACCAACUUUUUGCCGAUAACCCAGAUAUGGGUCGUUAUGUUGAUUUGCAUCUUGUCAUUGAUAACUUUGACCGUCAGUUCAACAUGUGGAGAAAUGUUGCCAAGUUUUUUGCUCGAACUGAUUACAUCAUGAUGCUUGACGUUGACUUUUACCUCUGUACGGAUUUUAGAAAGUCACUUGCAAAACAACCAGAGCUUAUGGAGUUGCUAAGGGCUGGAAAGGCUGCUAUCGUCGUUCCUGCCUUCGAAUACAUUGAAGAGGCUGACGGUGAAGACUGGAACAAGUUUCCAACCAAUAAACAGGAUCUUCUGAAGGAAGUUCAAACGAAAAAAUUGGACAUGUUCCAUCUAAGCUGGAAGCGUGGUCAUGGGUCAACAAAUUACGAAAAAUGGUACAAGCAAACAAAACCUUAUAAAGUAACAGAGUAUAACUACUCGUACGAACCUUAUGUCAUCUUCAAGAAAGAAGGCACACCUUGGUGUGAUGAGAGAUUUGUCGGAUAUGGUGCUAAUAAGGCUGCAUGCCUGUUUGAAAUCUUUUUGGCUGGUAUUGACUAUUGGGUGCUUCCUGACGAUUUCUUGAUUCAUCAAACUCAUCAUUACCCAGAAGACACGAGAGCUAAAGAGCGUACAUACAACAAAAAGCUAUAUGAUUAUUAUAGAGAAGAAACCUGUCUUCGAUAUGCUCGUACCAUGAUUGCUGCAGAACAAUGGGACACGUCAAAAUCUGCCAAUUUGAAAAAGGAAUGUGGAAGAAUCCGUGGGUUCAAUGAUGUUAUUGAAAGAAUUGUUGAAGAACAUAAUGAAUUAUAG